AUGCCAGCGCCGCAAAACUACAGUACUCCCGCGGAGUCCCCAAUCCCCUUAGAGCCAGCUCCCUUUCCCACGGUUUACACCUUAUCGUUAGCGACUCAAUCCCUUUCCACACACAUACGGAUCACAGUUAACGGAGUCAAUGUAUCGGCAUUGAUUGAUACCGGAUCCAGUAUCACCUUGGCUGCGCAAAACCUUUGCGCAGCUUUGGGUGUCUUCACGUUAGACCCCCCACAAUCUAUCACGGCAAUGGGUAUGGCAGGUAUCCACGUCCCAAUGGCUGGAUCCAAGAAAGUCCAAUUAAGAAUUUCCAAUAUCUGUCUGCAGCACACUUUGCAUUUCACCAAGGGUUCGUGCGUUCCUAACAUCCACUCAGCGUACGAAGUUAUCUUGGGAAAUGAUCUCCUAGCUUUGUUACCAACCAUGACUAUUGACUACCAAAAUCACCAGGUUUCUUUCGGUCAAGCUACCCUUCCCUUGGGUCAAGCGUGCACCCUGAACAAUUGGGGAGAGGCCACAGACUUCACGCUCGUCUCUCAAGCGAUGCGUCUUUUUCAAAGGGACCUCUCUGUAGCUCCCGCCAUAAUCAAUUCUAAACAACCAGUUCUACUGGUAUCCAAUCCUACCAACCAACCUCAGACGUUGUACGCAGGCAUGCAUAUAGCGAAGGCCAUGCCAUUGACCAAGGAAAUCGCUCUGACUGACCAUAUCCAAGCUGAGCUCACUGAGCCACCUGCCCCCGCCAGGGGUAACCGUACCUUCGUUCGCGGUAGUCCAGAGCUCAUAGAUUUCCGUCACGAACAGCAACGGGACAAUUUCCUUCGUCUAGUACGGCUCGUGAAGACCGACCAGCCCUUACCACCUUCUAUAAGCGACGAGCUUCGCGGACCUGCGUCAACACUUCCGACCAUCCCGGAAGAGGAGACCUUUCUCAAUGCAUUCCCCACUGAUGCCAUAUCAGGCCAUAAGCACGAUCUAGCGUCGACUUCGCCUACGACUCCACAACAGGCUCUAGAGGAUCCUACUCCCCCCACAAGGUAUAAUUUGCGACCGCGGAAUCACGACAGGUAG